GCCUUCCACCAUGUCUGGCUAAUUGAUCAUUGGCUACACUAGAAAUUUUUAGUCCCAUUGAAAUAGGAUAAAAUUCCAAAAUCCAAAUCACCAAACAACAAACCAAAAAAAGUUAAAAUUUGAACAUAUCAUCAUCAUCAUUACCUUCAUCACUACUUCAAUCCCCCCACACUUAAAAAUUCCAAACAAUUCCCUCUUCUUUCAACUUUCUUUUCUUCUACUCCUUCCACUUCCACUUCCACUUCCCCCCUUUUUUGUAUAACCUUUUCUUCUACUCCUUCCACUUCCACUUCCCCCCUUUUUUGUAUAACCUUUUCUUCUUGCUCCCUCUUGUGUUAUGUCUCAACUUCCCUUUACUCAACACUCUCACCUAAAAUCUCAAUCUCUCUCUUUUUCUUUCUACUUCUCUUUCUCUCUCACCAUCCCAACCUCUGCAAAAGAAAAAAGAGAUUGUAGUUAUAGUACUACUCAAAAUUGGUAUAAUAUAUACACACAUAACACACAAAAACAUCAUGUGCCUUCAAUAACAUUAUCAUGGUUCGUUUGUUUCAGACCACUGUAAGAGCAAAUUUUGAAAUAGCAACAGAAAACGACAAAACAAGUUAGAAAUAUUUGUGACAAUGAGUAUGAGGAUUUGCAGGAGUUUUUAUAUAUUCAUCCAACUUUAUUGUCUUCUUAUCUUUUCAGGUUCAAAUGCUACUACACAUACACACAAUUCCAAGUCCAUUUCCAGCAGCCGAAAGGACAUAACAACUCCAAUAACAACAGUUCCAACUGGAACUCCUCUCACUACUUCUCCCACUACAACUACUCCAGUACUGAAUCCAACAAUCUCGGAUCCUGAUUCGACCUCUAACGCCCCUGCCAAUCCGGUAAUGACACCAUCCAUUACCAAUUCCCCUACAUAUUCAUCAGGCUCAGGCAGCUGGUGCGUCGCUAGCCAAGCAGCCUCAUUAACGACACUGCAGGUCGCUUUAGACUAUGCUUGUGGAUAUGGUGGUGCUGAUUGCUCUGCCAUUCAGACUGGUGGCACUUGCUACAACCCUAAUACACUCCGCGCUCACGCUUCCUUUGCAUUCAAUAGUUACUAUCAGAAAAAUCCAAUUCCUAGUAGUUGCAAUUUUGCUGGUGCUGCUGUUACUACAAACACUGAUCCUAGUAGUGGCUCAUGUCAAUAUCCAUCAACAAGCACAAGUGCAUCCAUUUUGAAUACGACAAAUUCAAGUGGUUCAACAGUAUUUGGCGCUGGGCCUAUUACGCCUACUACUUCAGCAGCUGUCUCUCCAAAUAUCUUCUUGAAUUAUUACAACCACAUUUUAAUUUAUCUCGUGAUACUGCUAGCAGACUAUCGUAACAUCCUCUGAAGCCUAUUUUUUUUUGUUGGCAAUUGUGGAGUACAACAUAAUGUCCUGGAUAUACAAGAUUGAGUUGAACAGAAAUGGUGUGAUCAGUGAUAUCAAAUUGGUAACAAGUUGUUGUUUUUUUUCAAAUCAAUUUGCUGAAAUGACACGUUGCUGUAAAUGAAGAAAGUGAGGAAUAUGUUGCUGGAUUUGUAGUGUUGCUACUUUGCUUGCUAGAAACUAAGGUUUCUUAUAAGUUUUGUAAAAUUAAGCAUAUAGAACUAAAUAGUUAUGUGGAUAAAAGAACAUGAUA